UAUAGCUGCGUGGCAUGCGGGUUUCACCUUGACAAGAACUGCGCUGAGGCACCUUCACAAAUGAAUCACCCCAUUCAUCUCAACCACAGCCUUCAUCUUAUAUCGCCACAUGGAGAUUAUGCUCCUUAUAUUUGCUCAACAUGUGGCGCUACAGUCCACAAGGAUUGCAUUUCAUUAUCGCGCAUCAUCAAAAGCUUAUGGCAUCACCAUCCUAUUUUCCACAACUAUUUUGCAGUAAAAAAUGAGUGUGGAAUAUUGGAAUGUGGAAUUUGUCAUGAGGAGGUGAACAAAGAGCAUGGGAAAUACUGUUGUUCUGCGUGUAAGUUUAUUGUCCAUGUGAAAUGUGUCCUAGAGGAUAAAUCAUGGUAUUACGAAAUUGCAUCAAAGGAUGCUUAUGAGAAGUUUAAUGAAAAUGCAACGUUGGUGGAUCCAACCUUUCUAGUUAUUCAAGAGAACAAACUUGAUGAAAAUGUGAUAAAUAGAGAGAUAAAACAUUUCAGCCAUGAACACAAUUUAGUGUUAUAUGAUGAAGUAAGGGAUGUCAAAUGCUGUGACUGUUGCAGUUUACUCAUCGAGACUUCUUUUUAUCAUUGUUCAAAAUGUGAUUUCCAUCUCCACAAAUCAUGUGCUGAGUUACCCACGAAAAGCCAAGUUUGGUUUUCGCCUCUUCCCUUCGACCUUAUUCCAAAUCGCUUUUUCAAAUGUCUCGCUUGUGAUUCCCUGCAUACUGGUUUUGCCUACAACUUCAACGGAAGUUGCUGGUGCGUUCAGUGUACUGAACGUUCUUUGAGCUACACAAGUCAAGCACACAAGGAGCACCUCCUUCUCUUUUACAACAAGUAUAAUGGGCCGUGCAAUGCUUGUGGUAACAGUAUUGAUAAUGGGGAAGCAUACAGAUGCAAGAGUUGCAAUUUUAAUGUGCAUUGGACAUGUACUCUGCUGCCACAAAUAGCUCGACACAAAUGUGAUGAACAUUCUCUCAAACUCACGUACCGUGAAGUUAAUGAUUAUUCAGAAUAUCAUUCUUGUGACAUUUGUGAAGAAAGAAGAAAUCCCAACAUUUGGUUUUAUCAUUGUGCACUUUGUGACAAGUCAGCUCAUCCCAAAUGUGUUCUUGGAGAUUACCCGUUUAUCAAGCUCGGGAUAAGGAUCUCUUCAAAGACUGAUCAUUCACACUCACUCAUUCCCGUGCAAAAGGUUUAUCUUUACCCUGAAUGUUCUAAAUGUGGUCAGCUCUGCUUAGAUCUGGCUCUUGAGUGUGCAGAGAGAAGAUGCAGCUUUAUUAUCCAUUGGAGAUGUAGCCGCCUCAAAGACUUCAUUGAAGAUCAUAGUAUUGUUUAUCUCAUAGGCAUCAAAGGUACUGAUGAUUUCUUUAGUGGGGUGUUUUAAACUAGUCAUACUUCUUUAUGAUUUGAUAAUUUCCAAAAUGUUUGAAUAAAAUUACUCUGUAAUCUUAACCAUGUGAUCUUUUAAGAUUUUUUUUCUUUGAAACUGAAAAUAAUUUGUGCUCAUAUUUGUAUAA